AUGGCAAAUAUCCCUCUCUACGUGGAGUCGAGCCUGAAACAUCGCUUGGACCCCAUCCGCUUUCACUUGAAGGCCGGCCUCAGCAUGCUCAACACGAGGGGCGUGGAUGUCGCCACUUGGGACGGGAUCUAUCAGAUCCGCAACUACACCACGCCGUUUCUCCAGAAUUUCUUCGGGGACACCAAGUGCUGCUAUGGAGUCGCUGUGAACAUGGGCUUUGACAAAGCCGAUGUGGCGCCGUACGGCGGUUGGCAGGGAUUCCUCGAUGCUCACCCGGGAAACUGGGGUGACGAUCGCAUGGUCAGCGACGUGGUGCUCAUGGACAAGGAUGCAGAUGGCAACCCAACUGUCGUUGGAGUCGAGACAGAGUUCGAGAACGGCUCAGCAACGAACUCCUUCAUCGCAAGGCCGCUAGAUCCGGUGCGGUACCUGCCUAGUAUCAGCAAAAGCGAAGGCGCCAACUUCGGUCCUGCUCGUAUGGCCUGGCUGGACAUCACUUGGAAGACGGUGCACUGGAACGAUCUUCAGCCCUUCCAGUUCAGCUUCACCCCCAUCAUCAUGUGGGACAUCACCAAGCCAAACUGCCUGAAGACUCACGGCAUCGUGCCACUCUACGAGAACACGCGCGUGCCGACGGACGAGGAGUACGAGCAGUUCUUGGCUGGGAACCCUCCGUGGAAUCCCGGGCGGCGCGUCGGCGCCUGGCUGAUCGGGUUCAAGCUUUGGUUUUUGUCCGAGCACCUGGCCUCCAUGAACUUGAAAGGCGGCUUCAUCUACAUGGUGGAGAAGGCCACGGGAAUUUUCGUGGCCUCCUCCGACACCACAGUGCAGUCCCUCGCUGCGGACGAGAAUGGACAGCUCACUGUGAUGUUGAAGCCACAGGAUGUUCCGCAUCCCAUGAUCAACGGCUCUGCCGCGCUGGUCGCCCCGGACGGUGAUUGGAACAACAUCACCCAUCAGCUCGUCGAAGUGGAGGUGAACGGUCGCUACGAGUUUAUGCUGACCUUCCAGUUCUCUUACUACAACCUCGUGCUGGAGGGAGUCUACAUGGUGCCACGAAGCGUGGUACUGGCAGACUUAGACGAGAUGGCAACCAGAGAUGCCGUCACGAGCAUCAUUCUGAACAUCUUCUUUUCUGGCAUCCUCAUGGGCGGUGUCAUCUUCGUGGGCUACCAAACCUUUAAGCGAUUGCGGGAGAUCGCACAGGAGCAAAGGCGACUUUUGCACGUCAAGGUGCAGGACAGCCUCGCGUGUGCCAGCGAGCUGCAGUAUCCCAUCGUCUUGGUCAGCGCAAAGGAUUUCCUGUCGCUGACCGAUUCGGAAGUCCGGAGCUGUCACGAGGGCGUCCGACUGAAAGGAAUGCUCAAAUUCCUGGACACCGAGGAGCUUUUGGCUAAGUUCAAAAAGUCGGGUGGCCAGAUCGUCUUCUUCUCAUACGAGUGGCAAUCGUGGACCAAGCUGGGCCCCAACGAUGUCCAGCUCGAGUGGAUGCGCAUGAGCCUGUCGAUGUAUUCACAGGAGCACAACGUGCCCCUGGAGAACUUGAACGUUUGGUUGGACAUCCUUGCUAUCCCUCAGUGCCACGUUGGCAUGAAGACCUUGGCCGUGAACUCCCUGUACGUCUAUGCAGCCUCCACCAGUGCUUUCAUCAUUGUCGCCCCAGAAUGCAUGCACGAGAACACGGGCAAUCAUUCUGGCAUCGAUUCGUACAAGGACCGAGUGUGGACACGUGUGGAGCAAGUGGCCAUGGUGUCAGCGAAUGGAACCAAGAAGAUGUUCAUCUCCAAGGGCAAAGACGGCUUGGCACCCGUGGAUAUGGACUUUCUGUCCAGGAGUAACGAGCCGAAAGUGGAGAAGUUUCUGUCGGAUGCGCUGAAAUGGCCUGUGCCAGAGACUAUCCAACAGGAGGAGAUGAGUCCAGCUGCAACUUUCAUGUACAACCACCAGGUGAAGGUUUACAAAGCUUGCAUCGCAACUUUCCAUGUUCUGCAAAGCUUGGAACAGGGCUUUAAAGACGACCCAAGGCGCCUCCCGGCUCGGCGCUGCAUCGGCGCUGCCCGUCCUUUGCCCCGAAGCUUCAUCUUUGAGGGGGCGGAAGAUGAGGCGGUCGCCGUGGAGCCUCCUGACUUGACAAACGAGGAGAACACGCUGAACUUCACAGUUGCAUUGGGUGACUUUACUGGUGGCGGAUUGCUGCUGGCGCCGGCCAUGCCACAGGUAGAACACACCUGCAACAUCGUCGUCGCAUUCGAAGAAACGGUCUGGUUCCCGCACUACUCCCUUGUCUACCUGCCGCAAGUGCCACAAAUGUCGGUGGCGCCGCAGACAGUCCGAGAACACGGCUCCGGCGACGGCUGGCCCAUGACGAAUCCGUUUCUGCGCUACCAGGCCCUCAGCUUCCCCUUCGAGUCCCCAGACGUCACGAAGACGUCCUCGGCGACUCCCUCCGAGGCGAAGAAGCCGCCUCCUCCUUCUCCUCCUCCUCCUCCAUCGGCGACCCUGGAGGCGCCUGAAGACCUCCUGGGCAUGGCCGUGGCGAAUGGUGCCAUCAGCGAAGUCGGUGCCUCGCCCAAGGAGACCCCGGAACCGCAACAGCAGCAGCAGCAGCAGCAGGCUUCAGAUCUCCUGGAUCUUCAGGACCCGCAGGGCUCAGACCUCGGCGCCUUGCUGGAAGAUGAGCCGCAGCCGGCGCCGAACGGUGCCAGCCAUGCUGCCACCCCAGCUGCCGCAGAGGAUCCCGACGACUGGCUCAACGAGCUCGAGAACGACUUCGUCGCAGACGCCGGAGGCCCGGCUUCUCCGGCGGCCGCGCCACAGACAGGCGCGCCUGCCCCGUCAACUGCGGCACAGACUGGCGCGACCCUGGCAGAUGCGGACUUCGACGAUCUUUGGGAUUCCAUGAUGGACGAUGACAAGUCCAAGCCAGCGUAG